GAAGAGCCCUCUCUCUCCUCUCCCCUUUCUCCAGAGAAAGAAUCGCAAACGUGCGGCUGUCACUGGCUGCGGACGGCGACGGCAGACUGAGCACCUCACCUCAGGUCGCCGCCGGUCUCCUCCUGCCCCAAGGUCCUCUUCCAACAGCUCGCUGCUGCCACUUCCGGCAACACAAGCAACGAGAUCGACCUCCACUUCGUCUCCGACAAAGAGCAAGCAAAACCCAUCAGGUAAUUAUGCUCCUCAUUUCUAUUUUCUACCUAGCGUGCGUUCUAGACAUAGUCUGUUUUGUUGGUGGCUGCAUCAAGAAUCCAAAUUGACUAAUAAAUACCAGAUUCAAUAGACUGAUAGCUAGAUGUACAUCAUGGCUACAGUUUGGUGCUGAAUCAAUUAGAAAUAAUCAAUUCUUCGUAAAAAAUAUGUAAUGCAUUUUCACCCGCAAAAAAUAAUAAUUGUAAUUCAUUUCCACUAGCGGUUAUUUUUGCAAAUAUAUAUGGAUGUUAGUUGUUAAAUGUCAAUUGUCAAGUAUAUAUAUGCUUAUUUUUUUUCUCAUUUUGUUCCCUUAAUUAUGCUGAAAAGCACAUAUGGAUGCUAUGGCGUUUCAUAAUUUUUGGACGAGCCGCCGUUAAGUGGGAUAGAGCCCGCUCUUUAAAACUUUGGUAUGUACCCAAGACUAGAACAGAAUGGCCACGUCUAACUAGACGGAUAUGUCGCUCGCGCGGACAACGGUGCAAGAGUUGGCGGCGACCGUCGAGGAGCCUCCGCGAGAGUACGUGGUUGAUGACAUGUUAGAUGCUGAUGAGAUGCCGGAGCCCAUCCCUCUCAUCGAUCUUAGCCGGCUGAUGGCCGUCGACGAAGCCAACAAGCUCCGGGCGGCUCUACAGACCUGGGGCCUCUUUCUGGCAACCAACCAUGGAAUCGAGGAGUCCCUUAUGGAUGCCAUGAUGAGUGCAUCGAGAGACUUCUUCAGGCAACCGUCCGAAGAAAAGCAGAAAUACAGCAACUUGAUAGACGGCAAGCACUUCCAGAUGGAAGGCUAUGGAAAUGACAAAGUAGUGACUCGGGAUCAGGGCCUAAGCUGGAACGACCGCUUGCAUUUGAGAGUGGAGCCGGAAGAUGAGAGGAAUUUCUCAAAGUGGCCCACUCACCCGGAAUCUUUCAGGGAUGUGCUUCAUGAGUACGCAUCAAAAACCAAGAGAACAAGAGACCUUAUCUUGAGAUCAAUUGCCAAGCUCCUCGACCUUGAUGAGGAUUACUUCGUCAACCAAAUAUCAAACAAGGCUAUUGGGUUUGCUAGAUUCAACUACUACCCUCCAUGUCCCAGACCUGACCUAGUUUUGGGCAGGAGGUCUCACACUGAUGGUGGUCUCCUUACCAUCCUUUUUGUCGACCAAGACGUCGGUGGCUUGCAAGUUGAGAGGGGUGGGAAAUGGUACAAUGUUCCAGCCAAGCCUUAUACCUUGGUGAUUAACGUAGCGGACUGCAUGGAGGAGCCCGCUUCACAGGGUGAUGACAAAUGCCAACAAGGAGAGGCUUUCACUGGCCAGGUUUUAUGCUGUAGAUGCGGAAACAAUGCUGGAGCCAGCGCCUAGUUUAUUGGAUGACAAGCGACCACCAAGAUAUGAGAAAAUCAAGGCCAAAGAUUUCGUUUCUUUUUCUCGAAUGAAAAUUUCUUAGUUGGGCUCUUUGAACAUUAUCUUUUCGUACGUCAAGGGAAGAGAUUCAUCAAGACCCUGAAAAAUAUAAGUCCAACGUCUUAACAGAGUUUAUUUGCAAAGUUUUAGAAGUGACUGCCUACAUAUGGAUAAUAAAUUAAGAGAUGGUUUCUCGUAUGUGAGUGGGGGUUUUAUCUGUAACAUAAUCCUAUAUUUUCAAUGCUUAGCUAUCAACCAGUUUGUUUUACGCUGCAAA